AUGGGAUUAGAUUUCGAUCAUUAUAGACUGAUAUUAUUUGGAGGUCAUUUUUUAUCAUUUAUUCUCGAAAUAUGUUUAUUUCUUCCGAUAUCAAAUCGAAUAUUAACUGAAUUAAUUGGAAAAUUAUUUGAAAUUAAUCAACUACAUAACCAAAAAGAAAUUCUCAAUUUUUAUGCAUUUACUACAUGGAUCGGUUUCCUGUUACUUAUAGAUGGAUGUGUCUUUCAUGUCGCACGUAUAUCAACCAAUGAUUCUUGCCCAUCAUCUACGAGUGAUUGCUUUCUUUUGGAGACAUCUCGAGAAUAUCCCAAAGUUUCUUGUCCACCUAAUGAAAUAUUCUCAAAUUCGACCUCAAUGACUGCAAUCUGUUUCGUUUUUAUAUAUAAUGAACANUCAUAUUUACUUUAUUUGUGUUGUUACUUCUUGGAUCUUCGGCGUUCGCAAUCACAGCAUUUAUAA